CUUGGGAUUGAAAUUGGCUGCUCCUUCGCAGUUCCACAUUGCGGAUAUUUAGCCGUCGACCGUACAGGCGCAUAGUGUUAUCGGUUUAGCACACAUAUGUUCAUCUUUUGAAACAGGGUUGUUGGGUGGGACAUCGCCUUUAUAAUAUACCAGUGGUAGAGUGUAACCUCCAUAACAUGGUUUACUCCGGUCUAACAGAACAAACGAGGUAAACUCGACCCCUAACCAUCUAUCCAGGUUUUUUUUUAGUGUGUCACUGUUACAUCAUCAUCAAUGACAUCAUGCACCCAACAUCCAUGGCCAUAACGUAAUAUCAAUAAACUACGCCACUAGUCGACUUCUGACGAACUUUUCUUGCAGAAGUUGCAGGGCAUUAAUGUGUGAGAUAGUGGGGUGUCUUAGUAUUACUGUAACCGGUUGUUACGAACUUUACACGCCGUUUCCGGCUCAAGGGUAGAGAGCAUGUCCAGUAAUAAACAUCCUAUCCAAUCACCGUCCUGGACAUCAUCUCUAUCCUUGAACCCAGUUUCCCACGCCAGUAACCUAUUUGCGGUUACAAGUUUGCGCUUAUCAAAGAUUCACGGGUAGUUUUGUUUCCCAGAGCGCUGGCCAGCAGAUGGCUGUGGCCAGCUCCCAGCACGAAUCUUCCUCAGGUCUUCCAGAGGGCGUUGCUCGUCUGCACCUACAGAUCGCGGGACACUUUCACGGGAUGGGACCGACCGGUCUCGGAAUGCUGCAAUCUCAAGAUGGCUGGGUGUUGAAGCCAGUGCAAUCGCCACCCCGCGGAACGAGAGAGUUGGACUUUUACGAUCAAGUAUUUAAUAAAGACAACCGAGAUUCUGUGAUUUUACGACUUCGAAAACUGCUACCGCAUUAUGCCGGGAAGUGCGAGCUCGAAAUCGGUUCGGAGACUAUUCCCUAUAUAAAGAUAGAGAACAUUACGGCCCAGUUUCGGCAGGCUUGCGUGCUCGACAUCAAGAUGGGACAGAGGACGUUUGAUCCACUCGCGAGCAAGGAGAAAAUUGAAUACGAGAUGAGCAAAAAUCGAUAUGCGCAGAACGUCGGAUUCCGCUUUCUCGGCAUGCAGUUAUACGACGGCGUAACAGGUCGAUACGCGUCGUUCGACAAGCAGUGGGGGAAGCAGAUACGCGAGAACGAUAUCCUCCUUGCGCUACGCAGUUUUCUCGGCCGAUGCCCGUGCGAUCGCGGCAGGCGCGUGGCCGUGAAGCAGUUUCUGAGUCGGCUGGAAGAAGUUCGCUCGUGGUUUCUCGAGCAGCGGCUGUACGCAUUUUACGCGAGUUCGCUCCUGCUGGUGUACGAGGGAGGUGCAGCUAGGUCGCGUGAUGCGAGAAGCAAAGUGGAAGGCAGCCGCGCUACAGAGGAAGUCGGAAGCCACACGGAUCUCCGUCCGACCGACGAGGAACCAUGCAUCUUCUGCGAAAACCUGUACGAGACUGAUACGGGUGCAUACUUGCAGGAUGGCGUUAACAGGAGACGAUGGACCGAUGUUCGAAUGAUAGACUGUGCUCACGUGUUCCCGUCGGAGGAGAGGGACGACAACUAUCUGUUUGGGUUGAACAAGCUCAUCGAUUAUUUCGAAAGCGUUUAGACGAGUACAUGCGGGGAAAAUCUGUGAUUCUGUUUGGGAAACUACAUGUUAUGGUGCAUAAAACGUCGUGUUUAAUGAAGCAGUGAAAUAUUUCAAUCAGUGUAAUUGUAUGGUGCAUAAGGAGUAGCACUUGACGUAAUUGGAGCAGUUAGUAUGUAAUUAAUAAUUCUCGGAAAAUACGCUUGAAAUCCAAUAUACCUUCACGCAAUUAAGACCCUAUUGAGCAUUUGUACAUUAUGGUAAACGUUUAUCACUUGUUCAAUAUAGAUUGUCUAUAGAAUUGGUUAUUUUUCUUUUAUUCUACAUGUCGUCUGAAUCUGCUAACAGUAUAUAUAGUAACUGCAUUUAUGUGUUAAUAAAAAAUAUGUUUAUAUUUAAUACUAAAAAUUGCUUGAAUUUGUUUUUUUAUGAGUAAAUAAGAAGCUUAAAUUAUAUAGAAUCGUUUCUCUAUUUUGUUGUACAGUUAAAAAACUGUUGCAUGUCUAUCUUGUGAAUGAUUAAAUGCGCUCACACUUGCAAUUUGGCACAGUAGCUUUAUGUUGUAAUUUUAAUGUUAGCCACCUAAAUAGCGUUUCUAUGAGUUUCACC